CAACAGCAUCCGCAGCAGCAUCCGCAGCCCCCGCCUUGGUACCCCGGGGCGGGGCCCCCCCAAAUUCCCGCCCCCCGGGCCCGGCCCGGACUACAGCCACGACCUCCAUCUGAAGAUGAGCAAGAAAAUAGCCCAGCUCACCAAGGUGAUCUAUGCUCUUAACACCAAAAAUGAUGAGCAUGAAUCGGCUAUUCAAGCCCUCAAAGAAACUCAUGAAGAAGAAAUCCAACAAAUCCUUGCAGAAACAAGAGAAAAAAUUUUGCAGUAUAAGAGUAAAGUCACAGAGGAAUUGGACCUCAAGCGGAAGAUCCAGGUUUUGGAGGAGUCCCUAGAAGACCACAGAAAGAUGAAGCACCAAGCUCUGACAGAGUUCGAAGCUUAUAAGCACAGAGUGGAGGACAUGCAGCUUUGUGCAGAGGCCCAACACGUGCAACGGGUAGUGACUAUGUCGAGAGAAGUUGAAGAAAUCCGAAAGAAAUUUGAGGAGAAAUUACGGAGCUUUGUACAACUACAGGUACAGUUGGAGAAGGACAAACGAUUAGCUUUGGAAGACCUGAGAGCUUCCCACAGGCAGGAAAUUCAAGAACUUUUAAAGACCCAACAUGGUCAGAAUGCCACAUUAAAUAAGGGGCACGAGAAGCUAGAGGAACUGCAUAGAAUCGAGACAGAAGACUUGAACAGCAAACUUGAAGAACUCCGGCUCGAAAAGAAAAGGCUCAUUGAGGAUUACGAGACCAAGCUCAAUAAGGCUCAGAACUUUUAUGAGCAUGAGCUCGAUACUGUGAAAAGGUCCCAGAUCUUUACAGCUGAGAGCUUGCAUGCUAGCAAGGAAAAGGAAGCCGAGCUUAAGAGGGAAUUUCAAAGUCACGAAGCAAUUUUACGGAAGACCAUAGGAAAGCUCAAGACGGAGUUGCAGAUGGUGCAGGAUGAAGCAGGAAGUCUUCAUGACAAAUGCCAAAAGCUUCAAGUGGCCCUUGGGAUGGCAGAGAAUAAUAUUCAGGUUCUUCAAAAGCAGCUAGAUGACGUCAAAGAGGAGGAGAUAACUUUAUUAAGCAAACACAAGGAGGUGGAAAGCGAGCUGGCAGCUGCUAGAGAACAUUUACAGCAACAAGCUUCAGAUCUCGUGCUCAAAGCCAGUCAUAUUGGAAUGCUUCAAGCUACUCAAAUGACACAAGAGGUUACGAUAAAGAAUCUGGAAUCAGAAAAAUCAAGGGUAAAAGAGAAGUUAUGCCUUCUUGAAGAGGAAAACAACUUAUUGCAAAGCAAAACCCAAAGUCUGGAUGAGCAACAGAAACAGCAGAUUCUGGCACUGGAGAAGAAAGUAAGUGAAGCAAAGCAAACACAGCAAGAAUACUAUGAGAAGGAGCUAAUCAACCUGCAAACUAGAUUGGAAGGGGAAACUGCCCAGUUAAAUGAAGCUCAUUCUAAGACUUUGGAAGAAUUAGCUUGGAAACACCACGUUGCAAUCGAGGCCGCGCAUAGCAGUGCGAAUAAAGAUAAGAAAAAGCUGCAGAUGGAGCUGGAGGAGCAAUAUGAAAAGGAGAAACUACAUCUGGAAGCAGACAAAACUCAGCUUCGACAGCAAUUGGAAAACCUGCGGGAAGAACUGACAAUUGAGCUCACCACAGCUAAUCAAGAGGUUUGUCGCCUCCAGGACCUGGUAAGAAAAGGUGAACAAGGUCUCGGUUCUGCAGAAGGGCUCAUCUCCAACCUUCAGGAUGCCCAAGAAAGACUUCAGAAUGAACUCGAUUUAACCAAAGUGAAACUGAGAGAGACUACAGAUUUGUUGUCCAAUGCUGAGGGGAAACUUGAACAAGAAAGGCAUCAGCAUGAGGCCAUGCUUGCUGCUCUGAGGGAAGAGGAAAAACUCAAAGUGGACAGGAUGGCCCGGGACUUAGAAAUAAAGUGGACAGAAAACCUUAGGCAAGAGUGUACUAAACUUCGGGAAGAACUAAGACACCAACAUGAAGAGGAUAAAAAGUCAGCCAUGACUCAGCUCUUGCAGCUCAAAGAACGAGAGAAAAGUGCUGCCAGGGAUGGAUGGCAAAAGAAAGUGGAAGAUCUCUUAGACCAGCGGCACUGUCUCGGUGAAGCUUUGCAUAAAUCUAUCAACAAUAUUUCCCUGCUGAAACAAAAUCUGGAGAUGCAGCUUUCCCAGUCCCAGAGCUCCCUGCAACAGCUGCAGACCCAGUUUACGCAGGAACGACAACGUCUUACCCAAGAACUUGAAGAACUAGAAGAGCAACACCAGCAAAGACACAAGUCUUUAAAAGAAGCACAUGUUCUCGCAUUCCAAAAUAUGGAGGAAACUAAAGAACAGGAACAAAAGGCCCUUGAAAAUCACUUACAACAAAAACACUUAGAAGAGCUUCAGUCCCUGAAAGAUGCCCACAGGCAGUCAAUGGAAGGUUUCAGGGUAGAAAUGGAACAGGAACUUCAAACCCUUCGAUUUGAACUGGAGGAUGAAGGGAAGGCCAUGCUAGCUUCUUUACGGUCAGAACUUAAUCAUCAACAUGCAGCUACAAUCGACCUGCUGAGGCAUAAUCAUCAACAGGAAUUGGCAACUGCUCAAAUGGAACUAGAAAGAAGUGUAGAACUCAGCAGGAGACAGGACAAAGAAUAUAUGUGUCGAAUAUCAGAUCUCCAAAAUGAAUUAAGGCACCGAGAACACCAUAUCUCUGAACUAGAUAAGGAGAUUCUGAAUCUCCACAAAAAUACAAGCGCACUAACCAAGGAACUGGAAUUUAAAGGGAAAGAAGUUCUCAGGAUACGAAGUGAAUCUAACCAGCAGAUUAGGAUUCAUGAGCAAGAUUUAAGCAAGAGACAUGAGAAAGAGCUGGAUGUCUUGACAGCAGACCACCUCAGAGAAAAACAAACCUUGCUGACAGAUUUUAAUAAGACUCAAGAGCUACUCAAGGAAAUUAAUUCAGCUUUACAAAUUUCACUAGAAGAAAUGGAAGAAAAAUAUCAAAACAGGGAUUCAAGACCAGAGGAUUUACAGAUUAUCGCGGAGUUGAAAGACUUACUUGCUGAGAGGGACCAGCUAAUAAAGAAACUAAUUGAUGACAAGAAAUUUUAUCAACUGGAAUUAGUCAACAGAGAAACCAACUUCAACAAAGUAUUUAACGUGAGUCCUAAUGUUGGUGUUAUUAACCCACUGGUGAAGCAAAAGAAGAAGAACGAUAAACCCGCAAACAGGUUUGUGAGCGUUCCCAACCUAAGUGCCCUGGAGUCCAGCGGAGUGGGCAAUGGCCAUCCCAACCGCCUGGAUCCCCUUCCCAACUCGCCCAUCCAUGAUAUUGAGUUGAACAGCAAGCCCCUUCCACAGCCAAUACCGCCUAAAGAGCCCAAGUCAUUUUUGAGCCCUCCCCAGAAUGACGCUCCCCCCAUGGCUUCCCCAGAUCUCCAACGCCAGGAGUGGUUGGCCCGCUACUUCACGUUCUGAGAGAAGUCUGUCUUUGGCCCCGAUGUUGCUGCGGACUGUUUAUACAAGCAUGACCUUAUGCAAAACCGUUGUGUGAACAAGCUUUCCCGUAACAUGUCGAACACUGUGAAUGAGAAAGUAUUGGUCUCUCUAAUUUGAAGAUGCACUGUAUUUCCUGUGACAUUCGUUGGAACUGCUGUCUGUAGUACAAGUACGACAUUGUGUUUAAUUAUACCUGUUAUUUUUAUUUAAAAUGGAAGAGUCUUUAAUCUUUGUAAUUACUGCAAAAUAAAUUUUGUUAGAACAAAC